AAAACAAAACAAAAGGUGGAGGUCUGACGGGGAAGCGUAUCGACCUUGACUUUUCGUGAAAAUGACGUUGCGAGCGCGUCAUCUUCCGGCGGAACCGGCUUUUGAGCGUGUGAAAACAAAACACGAGAUGCCGUCUGACCAGUUUUUUUCUAGCCACUUUAACGGCGGACGCCCGUUGCCCCGAAGGCCCGGCGACAUGGCGGCACGGUUUCAUUGAAGACUGCAGCAAGAGCUUUAUCCAUCGCUGAGCCUUUGCUUUAAGCCUCCCGUCUCCUAGUUUUUGGUGUCUCUAGUGAUUCGUCCGGCGUCAGGUCGACGUCCAAUACGCAUCCUGUCACGAGCUAAAGACGAGACUUUUGGUGAACAAGAUAGAUGAGAGGUGCAUAUACGGUUGGAGGAAACGAAAGGUGUGGAGCUCCGCGGUCCUAGGUAUCGUCUCAUCCUAUGGUCAAGACGGCACAGCCAUGAUCCGGGAAACUCCUGAAGGCUACGUGUGCACGAAGCUGCACUACGUACCCAUCGUCGGCUUCCUGUGUUCCCUCCUCGCCAUGUUUGUGCCAUACUGCAUCGCUGUGUACGUCGGGGACGUCCCCGCCUUCUUGCCAUUCAUCAGCGAUGUUGGCGGUGAUCCACCUCAGAGCAUUAUCUUUGGCAUUUUCUUCGGCAUAAUGAGCUACAUAGGAAUAUUCGGGAUGUGCUUGAAGUACCAUAUCGUAAGGAAGCAAAACGUGUCCAAAGAUCCUCGAGUGGACAGAAUUAAUAAGUGGACCUUGACCGGAGGAAUGUGCACGCUCCUCGGAAUGCUUCUAGUCAUCCUUUGCCCCACGGGUCACAUGCGCAGAGACGGGGGCUGGUACUGGCCCAUCUUCGUUCCACACAGUGUGGGAGCAGGCCUGGUUUUUGUCGUGGGAUAUGUCAUCGCCGUUCUGCAUCUCUACCUCCAGCAACUCAUGGAUCCCCACUGGAAGACGUCACCUUUGUACUACUUCAGGCUCUUUCUGACCAUUACGGGCAUCACCGCUAUGGUCAUCACCGUCACCCAGUGGCCACUGAACGACAUCAGCAACAUGGCUCCCGUGGCUGACCACGGAAAGCAGUACCCGCAACAGAUGCUGAAAUGCAUUGUGGCCGAGUGGGUCAUGGUGCUCGUGUUUCAAGUCUACGUUCUCACCUACCUGUCCGACUUUCGGGAUGCGACAUUGUUCUUCAGAGUCGACCUUGAGAGUACAGGCGACAAGAAGGAAAGUUGACGACGAUGACACGACAGCCCUUUGGCCGACUCUGGAGGCGGGUGCAGGAAAACUUGGAUGAACUCGCUGGCAUCAUUUCCUUCCUGGUGUUAUCCAAAUAUUGACGGCUCGUGACGGGCCACUAUGCACAAUUAAAGCACCUACCGCGUUUCA